UUCACUCUCGUAUUCGUUCGCGAUCGUAUAUUAGUGUUUAUUUACCUAGCUACAUACCUUUUCUCUAUCGAGCAACGAUAGAGUUUUGCGUCGGCGUUGAGAGAAGUCCGUGGCUUAGUGAAGCAAUCCAUCUUGUAAUUGAAAGUUUCAACUGUGUUAUUAUCCUGCUAUCUCUUCCAUGUUUUCACCAUGACGCCGUCCGAUUUUUACCACGAGAAAUUCAUUCUUCGUUUCGAACAUGCUUUUCGUGAACAAUUAUGGCUCGUUAGCUGUGUUUCGCGAAAAAAUAAUCGGUGACAUUGAGUUUUGCCUUCUCUACUGUGUUGUACCCCCUUGUACAUAAUAUUUUUAAAAAUCUUGUACGAACAGCAAAGGAUUUCGCCGAAAGAGAAUUUUACAAUACCAGCAGAUUUUCGCAGAUAUCGCAUCGAUCACGAUAACGCGUUGAUAUCGUAUAUCUUGAUUGUGUGUGCGCCAGUCCAGUAUUGUCUCCAGACAGAUCCCGUUUCACUUUUACUCCGUUUAUAAUAUAUUUACCAUGGAAACCGAUGACUUGUUGCUGUAUUUUGCUAUAGCAGCCGGUAUUGUUGGCGGUGCUCUGUUGCUGCUCUUCGUUUUAGUGUUCGUACUGUUUGUCAAAGUGAAUCGAUUAUCGAAAGAUGGGUUCAAUCAUCCGAACAGACAGAACAUGAUAGCGGACUAUUGUUACACGAAUCCUACAAUUGUGCCAGGAGAAUUGCUAUCGCGUCGAGGAUUUUCGAUGUAUAGCGGUUCCGAAAACAUUGACGAUGAUUACAGAAUGAAGAGGGAUCAAGCUGGCACUUAUCUCGAGGCACGGUCAAAAUUUUGACAUAGAACCAUAAGUAUAAACGAUUCAUCGAGUGCGUGACUUUGGAAAAUACAAAGGAUGGAUUAAUUUGGUGUUAUUAAUUAAUUAUACUCUGGUAUCGAAUGUUAAGUACGAAUGUCUACGAAUGUUAACAGAGGCGUUGUUCUGUUACAUUUGAAUUUAAUUACCAUCUGCCAUAAAAUUCAUUUAUGUAUAUAUAUAUUUAACUAUAUAUCGCUUUUGUUAUAAAAUGAUCAAAUUAGAAGUAGAAACGUAUUUUUUAUGAAGUAUGAAAUAGUUAAUGGAUAAUAAUACGAACGGUGUAUAAACGUAUAGAUUUAUCUACAAAUUUUUUUAUCUAUAAAUGAUAAUGUCUCGCUAAAAAUUCAGCUAUCUCGAAAUAGUACAUUCGAUUACCGAUAGAUUACGCUAUACGCAUUAGUCACUCAGGGAAUUUGCUCGCGAUGAUAAGAAUUAAAAAUCAGAAUAGAUGUAAAUAUAAUCUACUGCAAUUUGUAGCAUAAAUCAAUUUAAAUUAUUACUA